AUGGAGAGCCAAUGGCAUUUGGGCACAUGGCAGAGGAGGUCUAAGAGAUUCUUGGAAAUUCAAAAAUUGAGGGAAAACAAGAAAGAGUAUGACUUAAAAACAGCAAUAUCAUUGCUCAAGCAAAUGGCAAGCACAAAGUUUGUCGAAACAGCUGAAGCUCAUUUCCGUCUCAACAUUGACCCAAAAUACAAUGAUCAACAGCUGAGGGCAACAGUGAAUUUACCCAAGGGAACUGGACAGACUGUUAGAGUGUCUGUUCUUACUCAAGGAAUCACGAAAUUUUGGGACAAAAUUUCCUCAAGGGGGGAAGAUUGUAACAUUCUGUCAUGGGAGACCGCUCGAGUGAUCAAGUGGUCGCUUGAGCGGUGAUUCGAGGCUCCCAGU